AUGAGUGGUGCAACAGGCGCAGCGGGAGGACAUUCGGGUUCUGGUUACAGUGGACGCGGUGGUUACGCGCCCGCGAGACCAUUCGAGGAUCGCGUCGUCGCCAAAGAACAAAUGAUGCAAUCCGUGCGCGAAUCAUCCCAGCAGGACCGUCGCGUCUAUGUUGGGAACCUUUCCUACGAUGUCAAAUGGCAUCACCUCAAGGAUUUCAUGAGACAGGCUGGAGAGGUCAUUUUCGCCGAUGUGUUAUUACUUCCAAACGGAAUGUCGAAGGUGGGCGCCAAUGCGAUUGUGGAAUACGCGACCAGGGAGCAAGCACAAAACGCAGUCACCACGCUUAGCAACCAAACUCUGAUGGGUCGAUUGGUCUACGUCCGCGAGGACCGUGAACCGGAACCACGCUUCACUGGUGGUGCCCCGCGGGGAGACUUUGGCGGUGGCCGUGGUGGUGGUUUCGCAGGCGGCCACGGCGGUGCUGGAGGCGGUCGACAGCUCUAUAUUUCCAACCUGCCGUUCAAUGUUGGAUGGCAAGACCUGAAGGAUCUUUUCCGCCAAGCCGCUCAACAAGGCGCCGUCAUCCGCGCGGACGUCCACACGGAUCCCACCGGCCGCCCUAAGGGCUCCGGUAUCGUUGCCUUUGAGUCUCCCGACGAUGCCCGCAACGCAAUCCAGCAGUUCAACGGCUACGACUGGCACGGCCGGGCGCUUGAGGUGCGGGAAGAUCGCUAUGCCGGCUCCGGACCGGGCUUCGGCGGCCGCGGCGGCUUCGGCGGCGGUGGCUUUGGAGGCCGUGGUGGUGGCUUUGCCGGCGGUCGUGGUGGGUUUGGCGGAGGUCGUGGUGGUGGCUUCGGCGGUGGCUUUGCCGGCGGUCGUGGCGGCUAUGGCGGCGCCCCUGCUGGAGGCCCCGGGUUUGGCGGCGGCGGCUUUGAAGCUGCGCCGUCGGUGCCUCCCAACCCUUUCACCGACUUUGCAACCUCUGGUGGUGAUAAGACUGCCGUGAUCUACGUGCGCAAUCUCCCCUGGUCUACCUGCAACGAGGACCUGGUUGAUCUCUUCACCACCAUCGGCAAGGUGGAGCGCGCCGAGAUCCAGUACGAACCCAACGGCCGCUCCCGGGGCACGGGCGUCGUGCAGUUUGACAAUGCCGAAACUGCCGAGACGGCAAUUGCCAAAUUCACCGGGUAUCAAUACGGUGGGCGUCCCCUGGGUAUCACCUUUGUCAAGUACCUAACCCAAGGGGCCGGCCCGGAUGCCAUGGAGGGCACCGAGCCCACGGGGGGGAUCACCCAGGACCAGAUCAUGUAA